UCUCCUUCUCAGGAACGAACCACAAGAUACUUGUUCCAGCCAAAUUCCACCACCACUUUUUAACUACGAACCGAACCAAAGCAGAAAAUAAAAUAAAAAGGUACGUACCCAAAAAAGCAACCAAGCACUACCUCAAAUUCCGCAUUCAAGCAUCAACCCCGAAUUCCGCAAACAUACCAUACCAUUUCUCAACCUGGAACAUUUUCCAAAAAAUUCAACUACGGUUUUGAUCGAAUCCAAUCAGUUUUUCCAUGGAUCUGAUCAAAUGGAGUAAAAAUAAUUUAUACUAAUUCUCAUCCUAUUUAACAGCUACCAUUACCAGUUACGGACAAUUAUUUACAAUACUCACAAUUACAAAUACAAACACGCAAUCAAUUAUUACAUUUUAGACAAUUUACAUUCACCGUCCAUCAGGUAAAUUCAUUCCUCGAAUUCAUACAUUCAUACAUACAUACAUACAUACAAUUCAUUUCAAUCCAACCAUUCUCAUCCUUUUUACCGCGUUUCUCGGUGCUCGGCAACUUUCCCGCAAAAGAAGAGCGCGCCUUUGCUCUUCCACUUCCAGUUAAAUUUCAGCCCAUCUUUUUCUCAGAGGCUGAGAUAAUAAACUCGGCUCAACCCAAAAUUUCACACCAUUCUUAAUCAAGUCUUCGUUAACCAGGUUUCUGCGACAAAGCAGGACAACAGCCUCUCCACCACCUCCCCAUAAGCAGUAAGGUCGUCGGCAACCACCUCAAAACAGUUAUUCUCGUCAUACCUUACCUCAAUUAAGAUAUUUUAUAAUUCUUAUCAAAAUGGCCGAUAUCACAGAUCAACACGACCAAAAUUCACCAUCAACUCUUGAUGAACAUGCUGUCGGUAACGGUAACCCAAUUGCUGGAUCCGAUGCUCGUGGUAUUAAACGCGCAAGACCUGCCACUGCAGAAGAUGACGAUGAUGAUGAUGAUAAACCCGGUCGCGAAAGAAGAAAAAUCGAGAUCAAGUUUAUUACGGAUAAAUCGCGUCGCCACAUCACAUUUUCCAAAAGAAAGGCUGGUAUCAUGAAGAAGGUUAGUUUCAAUCGUUAUUUGUGUCAAUGACGAUACGCGUCAAAUGCAAUGCGACGCGCCUAUCCUGUGCGAAGAGCGGUAGCUGAUUUUAUGAUUGAUUUUUUAGGCAUACGAAUUAUCAGUCUUAACAGGAACCCAAGUCCUCCUCUUAGUCGUAUCCGAAACCGGCCUUGUAUACACUUUCACAACACCAAAGCUGCAACCUUUGGUCACAAAAGCGGAAGGGAAGAAUCUGAUUCAAGUAUGCGCAAAUCACUCAGCCUCACCUGGAUUGAUAAAGAUCCCAUGCUAACAUCAAUCAGGCCUGCUUGAACGCACCCGAGCCUACCGGAAAUGGUGAGAACGGGGUUGAUGAUGGAAACACAGUUGAAUCGCCAGAGGAGCCAACUCCACAACAUCUGCCACCACAACAACAAGGCCGCCCUGGAAUGCCACAACAGGCACCACAAAUGCACCCAGGCUAUGGCGUACAAGGGCUAUCGCAGGAACAGCAACAAGCUAUUGCGUACCAGAAUUAUAUGGCUCAUCAACAGCGAGGGGGGUAUAUGCCUCCACAAGCUGGCAUGCCACAACCGCAAGCACAUCAAUCAUAAUACCGUUGCGGAGUCCCAGUACACGAAACGGGUCGAAUAAGUCAUUCAAACUUGAUACCCGGCACAUAAUAUAAGAGUGUUCUGCACCAAUCGUGUCUUGCGGGGUCCAAUUUUCUCUAACGUUGCUUCCGAAGGUGUUAAGGUGUCUAUUUUCUAUUAUAUGGGGGUUUUUCAUUUGAUCUGCAGACACAUGUUCGCAGUAUCACCUAAGCAGACAAAAUUUGCGAUAAUGAGAUAAUAACCUUGCCAUAAUUCGAGAUUUCGUAUAUGGUAAAAGGGGAAGGGGGCGUGUAAGGUUGUUUGUUGGUGGGGGGAAGCUUUGGCAGGCGAGGUGGGCGGCCAAGUUUGGUUCUGCAAAUUCCCUAUACUUUUCUGUCUAUCGUCUCUGAUCGGUUGGGUUCUAGCAUGGUGAUGGUGAUAGUGGAUGAGUAUGGGAAAGGAUAACAUGGUGCAUCAUGAUGGGGAUGAUAUCAAAAGGAUGGUGGUGGGUAGUGGAUAGUCAGGAAUUUUCUAGCUUGAGGUUGUUGUAGUAGCUCUCUCUUGUACAGUAAAAAAUCAUUCCCGGGGAGA